AUGCCCGUAUCUGUUAUUGUUAUUGAUAUCAUGCUAAUUGAAUUGCUUUACUUCGCGGAUCGUUACGGUUGCUGGUCAUUUCUGAUUGAGAUUCUGAACGUGAUUCUUCGAAUGCCAUAUGACUUAAUGAUACUACGCGAUCUCUAUGAAGUGUCACGAAGUAUUGCAAAUGAUGAAUUCAACAAUAAAAUCGAUUUACUGAGUGCCUAUUUAUUGCCGUUGAUGAUAACGUGUGGAUUUACGGAGCAGUUAACACCAGAUGAAUUGAUACGUUUAGAGUAUCAGUAUACCUUUAAUAUUAAGCACGAGCAAAAUUCGCACUCAAAAGAUGUUGACUGUAAGCGACAUGAAUUAGCGUUGAAGUUGUUCCAAGAAGUGAGCAGUAAAUUAUUUUCGAACGCUGAAACAAACGAAUCGGAAUAUUAC